ACCAUAAAUUUAGACAAUGGCCAAUGGCGCACGCAAAUGCCAAACUUGUCGCAAGAAUGUAAACACCGGAAUUAAUUCUCGCUUGAAAUCUCAGUUUUACCAGCAAAGACUGUACUCGACAGGCGUUUGAAGGAUAUCAGAUGGUGGAAUGAACCAUCCUGCGUUAUGGGGGAUCCAAAAAGAAAUGACUAUUCGCCGUUAUUAACACCUCUCGGGUAUGGGUUUAUGACAGAGGAGGACUAUAGAGUGCAAUAUUGGCCACAGCUUGAGAGUGCAGUGCAGAUGCUUCUUACACAGGAACCGGGAGUUUUCAUGAAAAUAUCUUAUGAGCAAAUGUACAGUUGCGUAUACAAGUGUGUUUGUCAGCAGUUUGCUGAGAGAAUGUACUGUGACCUACGUAACACUAUCAUAUUACAUCUUCAGCAUAAAGCAGUCCAAUUACAGAAUUGUUCUGAAAGUCAAGUAUUGGAGCAGUUUCAUUACAUAGUAAAACAGUAUACUCAGGCACUGGGAUCCAUUGUAGCCAUAUUCAGUUAUUUGAAUCGUUUCUACAUCGUACCUCGAAUCAAAAGUGAGCUUAGUGUUGAAUUAACAAAUGUCUUCAUACAGUACAUAGUUGAUAUUCACAUAGCUAGAGUACUAGCCUUGCUGGAAGAGGCCCAAACUAAACCUUUUGCAGUGCACCCCAAAGUAGCCUCUGAAAUCACUAACAGUCUCUACUCAUUCAGUCAAGAUUAUGCUCAGUUGAAGCCUGCUCUGUUUGCUAAGUACAUCCCUAACAUCCUACCUCCAACAAGGUUAGAAGACAUCCCUGUAUAUAUCCAAGAAACCCAAAGACUACAACAAGAACUCAUUGGGUGCAAAGAAUUUAACAGACUAGGUCACAUAAGGAAGCGUACCAAUGAAGAUGAGCCAAUAAACAGAUGACAGUACUGGAUACAUUCAUCUUAACUCAUCAAAUUAUAUCAGCUUCUGUGAGGCUCUACAAUGUAUAUGUAAGAAGACUUUAGUUUUUAUCUUUUUGCAAGUGUGAUGAAAUCUUUGGAUUGGAAUGAACUUAUCCUUUUCAACUUGCCACCUACUUCGUUCUAGAGAGUUUCUACAGGGAUGUCCUUUGUUGCAAUAAUGUUCUAUAUUUGCUUUAUCUUCAGCAUUAUAGCCUGAGAAAGUAUUGGUAGGCAUAAAAUUACUUUUCAUUUGUCCUUUUAUAGUGUCCCAUGGUUUGAAUAAGAUGAAUCAUACUUAACAUUGAAGGGGAUUCUAUUAUAAGAAGCUCACUCGAAGAUCAUUGAUGAAGUGAGCCUUCAAGGUUUAUGUGCUAUGUCAAUCUGUUUGGUGUUUGCUGGGAGAUCACAACAAGACAUUCAACUUGGGAAUACUCCCCAGGGAGUGGUGAUUGUGUAUACACCUUAUAUACAGGCAAUCCUGAAUCCAGUGACCAGGGUUGUAAUAUAUUUGUCAAGUGCUUUAGAGAUAUUUUUCUGAUGUUGCUAUAUAGAAUCAAAUCUGCUAAUGCAUCUCAUAUAGUAAGGAAAUUACCUGAUUGUCCAAAAAGACACUGGUAGCCUGUUUGCUCCAGUUUCACAUUUUUAUUUCCUUUCUCAGUCAAUGUUGCCACUGAGUUAUGUCUAGUUGCUUGUUUUCCUUUUUGUGUCGCACACAUAAACAGAUUAUUGUGGAAGAGCAUUUCAUAUACAUGUAUUUUAAAGAAUCAUAUCGUAGAGAUUGCUGUGUUAUGUAUCAAUUCAAAAAAAAUUGUUUUCCUUUUCUUUUACCCUGAGAAUUAUUUUCAUAUAUCAGAAGUCAUAGCAAAAUGAAUUUUAAUGGCAAUAAUGUCAACACUCUUAACAGUUACUUUAUUGUAAAUUUAUUCCGGUUUGGUCAUCUGCAAGGUAAACAUGUUCAGCUCUGACGCUUAAAGACCCCGCUGAAAUUAUUCAAUGAUUUGCUUUUCAGAUCCCCUUCCCCAUUUCCACCAUGGACCAUGAAAGUUGUCAAUUUACAUUGUGCCACCAGCACUCUUUAAUGAUCAGGGGGUCGUUUCAUAAAGCUGUUCGUAAGUUAAGAGCAACUUUAAGAACGACUGGUGAACCUUUCUUACGCGCUUAACCAUCGCCAAUGAAUAUACCAUUUUCCACAAGAACAGCUUUAUGAAACGGCCCCCUGAUGUGUCAGUGUUAAACACAAGUGAAUUAACCCAUCCCCUUUGCCCCCUUGUCAAGAAAGGAUUCCUGAAAGCAACUUCAAAAAAUCACACCAGUCUCCAAUUUUGCGAGACAGUUUGAGUUGAUUUGAGAUUUUUUUUGUAUGUUGUACUAUUUAUAAGAAGAUUUUGUUUUACAAGAUGAUAGAUGUGUGUUUUGUUAAAGGUUAUGUUGUGUAAUUUAUUGUGUAAAUAUUCCUUUCUUAUGUGAAGAUUUGAGUGCUCUUUGUGAUAAGCUCAGGAACGAUGUCAUUAUCUUUGUAUGGAAUUUAGGGUGAUUAUUAAUUCACAACAAUGCAACACGCAUCUUAGGUGAAAUUGAGUCUAUUUGUAAGGAGUAUUUCUUCUUUGUUUUAACUAUUAAAGCUAAUCUUAUAUAGCUGUUGGUACAAUAAUUUAAUGGGGAAGAUUUUAAAAUCAAUGUUCAUUGUCACCAUAUCAUCAUAGCUCUAGAUCUGGUGGAUGUUUCAGAGGGCUGUAUGUAAGUUACCAAUGACUUUAUACACAGACUGUGACCCUUUCUUAUGCUAUAUGACAUAUCCCUAUGAUAUAUCCCUAAGCUGACUUAGCACCUAAGAACAUGUUCCUGUCUUGUGUUCAAGUUGUACACCACUUUACAAACAGCUUGAUGAAACACCCAACUGGUUCAUUUGCAUAAACUGAACAUUGUGAAAUCAUGAAAUCUAACCCGUAAAACGAUCACACCAAGGAUCACAUACACGGAUAAGUAAAUCUUGGAUGUUGCAUUGUUAUUAUUAUUUGUUUGGCGUCACCUGUGCCUGGGAGGCGUAAAGCGAACUGAAUCACUGACCCGCAGGUCUCUCCUCCCGAUAUAACUGAUUGGGGAGUGCAGAUGGACCACUACUCCGGGGUUCCCCUUAAUCUUAGCAAAAGACCUGACACAUGGCUUGAAUAUAUUUUGCUAUUUCUCAGCAAUUACAUAUUUUUCCAUCAGAACUGUUUGGCUCAUCAUAUGUACAAACAUUUUAGUGGUCAUUUUAUUGGAUUCUGUACGUACUCAUUAUGGGAUCAUUACCACAACUGGAAUUUAUUGAAUUGAAUUAUAUGUAUUGAAAUGAAAUGUUCCAGGACUGGAAAUCUGCCCAUUAGUGAAAAGAAGGAUCACUUGUAUAUCUAAGAUUUCAAACAUGUAAUAUAUUUGUUUGUAUUGAUUUUUAUCAUUUGAGGCAUGUAAUGUUAAGAUCGAUUGAAAAUUAACUCAAAUUCAGAUUUAUUUGAUCUUCAAUUCCUUAGAUACACAGCUACAUGUAUGUUGUUAUCAAUUUGAGUUUCAUUUGUUUCAAUCACAACUGUUUGUGGCUGAUAUAAAAAUUUAACCUUUUAUCAGAAAGUUCACUAGUUUUUGAUAUUUUUCCCCCACAUAUUUGUUUUCUCAUUUUGAUGUGAGAUGUAUUGUGUAAACGUAUUAAACAAAUUUUACACAGAAAAGAUACCAUUUGAAAGGAAAAUCUUUUGUAGUCAUUAUUGGAAACAGGUAAAUAGUUUUGAUAUUUACUUCAGUUUGUAAUUGAAUGUGUCUCUUCCUGAAUCUAUUUUAUAUAUUUGUACUGAAAUAGAUAUGAGGUUUGAUAAAUUAUUUGUUUUCUUAUUUACAAGAAUUUUAAGAACUGAUAAGCUAAGGACCAGCCUACUGGAACCAUAGCUGGAUCCAUGCUGGAACCAAGUUGUGAGAUAAAACUUCCUGAAAUUGAAUGUUUUCAAUUUUCCAUUUUCAAUGUUAAUAUAUUUGGUAAUCAAUUGAAAAUAAUAAAAUGGAGCAUUUCAGAUUAAUGGGGGUGUUAGUGAAGUAUUCUUCUUUACAUUUUGAUACAUUUAGGACUAGAUUGAUAUGCAGAUUGGAAAACAUCAUUUUAUACUUCACAUUUUUGUAUGUCAAAUUUAUAUAUACAUGUUUCUAAUGAGCACAUAUCAUAUCACACAUCUUGCUCUGUUUUAUAUUUGUCAAUUUGUUGCAGACAAGACUGAUUUUCUUGCAAAAUAAUUCUUUAACUGUUGAUUUGUUCAAUGUAAAAAAAAAUAAAGAAUGAAAUUUGAAAGAAACUCAUAUAAAGGUAAAUGUGGUAAUGGAAAUCCAUGUCAUAUUGACAACAGAGAAUUCCCCAAUAGAUUUUUUGUUAAACAAGCAAACAAAAACAAGAGAAAUAUAAUGAGAUCGACCCCAAAUCAUGAUUUAGGAUAGGUAAUUGAUGUUCUUAUUUGUAAUUAAUACAUGUAAAAGUGACAGAAUUCAUGUGAAUUCACAUUUGCUGGAUUUGCUACUGGAUGAAAAAAAAUGGUAAGAAAUACAUGUACUUAAGAAGGUAACAGAUCAUUGAGUUUAGGAAAGGAUGAUUAAGUUUUUAAUUGUAUUAAGGGUUUAUUUGUGUGAUUCAUUAUGUCAUGGCACAUUUCCUUAUUUACUGCAUGCAAUGUUUGUUUGUUAUCGAAUUGCAGGCAAAAUGCACUUUAUUUAUCCUUGUUUACAAUUAGGAAUGAUCUAAUAUCUGAUUGCAAUGUUUUGCCCUGUGGAUUUUAUGAUCUUUUUUUACAUUUAUUUUAUAUGAACUUCCUGUUUUGUAUAGUGAAAGUAAAGAUUAAACUGCGUUUUUUUAAACUGCGUUUUGUAUCUGUAACUAAGUUAUGAAAUAUUGUAUAUCUAGAUACUGAGGUAUCUUGUUUGAUAAUUAUUGCACUGUGUUUAUAUUAAGUAAAAUGAUGUGUGUGUGUUAUGGUAGAUCUACAGUGCAAUGAAAGAAUUCCACAUAUGAGGUCUACAUAUAAGUCGUGUUUUAAAGAGUGAUCAAUUUAUGUGUUUUGUUUGGGUCGGGGAGGGGGUAGAAAUAUUUUGAUUCAUGAUCAUGUUGUCAUGUUUAGGCACAUUCAUUUAGUAUUUCGGCCCCAGAGACCUUCAACGCUUGAAUAAUUCAAUAUUGAUUUCUUGAAUAAAUACCAUAUUUCAUUAGGCUACUUCUCUGUCACUUUGUGUGCAGUUUUGACAUACAUGCAUCGGUGGGACAAUUAUUUGGGCUUCUUUGAUAAUAACAAUAUGCUGUGGUUUGUUUGAAAAUAACACUUUUUCUACGGUGACACUAUGGUGGUAUUGUUCUUAAUAUGGAAAUAUGAAUCAUUGUAACAAAUAGACUUUUGCAUCAAAUUACAUCAAAUUAAAAAUGCAAACAUGAUUUCUUGUAAAAUUACUCGAAGAUGUUGACUGGUAGUAAUUGUAAUAGAAAAUCAGGGUUUUGGUACAAAAAUUGCCAGCAGAUAUUUUUCGAUGCAAAUAAAACAACAACCAAAGCAAGAAAGGAUUAUACUUGUAGGCGGCGGCAGCUUCGCAUCCACUGUAUAAAGUCUUCCGCAUCAGACGUAUUGCUGACGUUUCUUGUAACAGCAUCAGACUUUUAAAAGGCGAAUACAAACGCUGCAGCCUCAGCCUAGGUUAUAACAUGGGAAAUAAGUCCAUGGUUAUAGGCUAUUUCGUCACUAAUUCUACAGAAUUCAAAAUAAUUGAUGUCUAAUUACCAUGGGCAUCUGAAUGUUUGUCUAUGUAAUUUAUCCUUCCAUAA